AUGGCCCCGCUACGAUUGCUGACAGCAAUUGUUUCCAUUUGUCUGACAGCGGUAAUAGCACAAUGGGGAGCAAUGCCAGGGCCAGGACUUAGUCCACGCUAUUUCCUGGGAGAGGCAGCACAUCUAGUCAACAGACAGAACGGUGACUGUCCAGAACCUAAUGAGCAUACCUGCCUCGACGUCAACGCGGGAAGUUUCUGCUGUCCAAACACCCAUUAUUGCAUCGUCGCGAACAAUACCGCCAGCUGCUGCUACAUAGGCUCAACAUGCUCUAAUCCAUGCGAUGCCAACCACUACGAAUGUCCCUCCACAACGAGUAUCAGCGGCACCGCUGUAUCCACGACAUCUUGUUGUUCCCGAAGCUGCACAAGCACAAGUCAAUACCUAUGCGCCUCAGCGUUAGGAGGACAAUGUUGCUCCUAUAACUCUGGUUGUGCAACAGACACCCAGUGCGUUGCUACUGCCACGAGUUCGAAUACCGUAGCCACAACAGGAUCCUCGAGCACAUGCCCAACAAGCCAGAGCCCUUGCGCCAAUUCUCUCGGAGGAGGAUGUUGCGACAAUGGACAGACGUGCACAGUGGCCGACAACACCAAUUACUGCGCCAGCGGCACGGCAUUAGUAGCCACUCGAACAGGACCAAAUGGAAUUCUCGCUACAGCACCAUCCACCUUAUCAUCCGGUCUUUCAACUGGAGCAAAGGCAGGAAUCGGUGCUGGAGUAGCCGUUGGAGCAUUAGUGGUACUUGGAGGCUUCAUAUGGCUCUACUUGGGUCAUCGAAGACGUGCAAAGCAAGCGGCGAUAGCCUCAGCACCAGCCAUGUCUCAGGGAUCUGAGUCAGGGACCAAGAGGCCUUCCAAUGGUCGAUCGGGCUCGGAUUAUUUUGGUCCAACGGCAGCUCAUGGUCCUUUCACCGAACCUCACGAUUCCGCUGCCACGAGUCCUGGAGCUCAUCGCGGUGUUCCUGUUAGUCCGCAGAGUCCUGGAGAUAUCAUUGUACCCGUUGAGAUCGAUUCGAAGAGUUCGAGAGGUCACUCCAAUGUCACUACACCAGGAGCGUUUGAGUAUGUGAAACCUCCAAGUACGACGGUAGACCCCGUCGAGUUGCCUUGA